UUCCUGUUUACUACUGGCCCUGGUUAAAGUUCCUUAGCUAUAUCCAACACGGAUAGAUUUCAUUGCAACAUUACAAACUGCUCUAUUGUAUCCCUUUACACAUAGCUGACCGUUUUGGCGUUGUAAACAACACUGAAUGUUUUGUCUCCAGGUCGAAAUCAAGUCGAUUAUAAAACUCAAGGGUAAACAGCGCGUGAAGACUCGAGGAUAAAAAGUCGUGCGGAUUUCCUGUGAUUGGUGACCGGGUGUUGAGAUUUUGUGGGAUGCGGUGUUUUGACGUGAGUGCUGGGAAAGCAAAGACACACCGAAACGGGGCUUUCAUUAUAAAUGAAGUACAGAACUCUUUCUUUUUGCUGAUUGGAGAUAUAAUAGCGGCGAGAAGUCUUGAAGUCUUUCUCGUGACGUCUAGUAACGUUACCGUCGGUAACGGGCUAUUUUGAUCACCAGGACUGUGGAGGGGAAUCAUCCCGCCAGGACCCUGAACUCGGGACGCGCCACCCGCUCCGGCCCCGGCGCCUUAAAGCGGGCGGUGAGGAAGAAGCUUGCCCUGAAGGGAUGGCCUGGAGGACCCUCUCGGCCCCAGGGAGCUGCGCUAUUUAGUGAAGGGCGGGUUCGGAUCGAGCAGAAGGCGGGUGACGGCUCGAUGAUGGCUAGCCGGAGCGAGGAGAUAACCGAUCUGAUCUAUGUGUUCUCUAAGAGUCAGUACAGAGCGAAGGAGGUCACCCCGUCGGUAGAGAGAAUAGAGAAGCGCUGUUUGGAGCUGUUUGGCCGGGACUACAAGUACAGUAUCAUCCACAACACCAAUGGGGACGUGUGUGGUCACUACCCACGGAAGAUUGUGUUUCUGGAAUAUGAAUCUUCAGACAACCAUAAAGAGAGCUACAGUCAUUCACUCAUGAGAGUCAUUCAAGAGAGCUUAAACUGGGGUUCAGAUGACACCUUUGGUGAUGCUGAAGAGGUUCUGGAGGAUGACUGUGCAGUUCGGAAUAAUGAUUCACAGUUGUUUGAUAAGGUUAGGGGCUCUGACAUUAAGCUGUUGAAGUAUUUGUCUGUACGCUACAUCUGUGACCUCAUGGUAGAGAAUAAGAAGGUCAAGUUUGGCCUCAAUGUGACUUCCUCAGAAAAGGUGGACAAGGCCCAACGCUAUGCUGACUUCACCCUACUCUCUGUGCCUUAUCCAGGAUGUGAAUUCUUCAGGGAAUAUAAAGACAGAGAUUACACAGCAGAAGGGCUUGUCUUCAACUGGAAUCAGGACUAUGUGGAUGCUCCUCUGACAAUCCCUGCUUGCUUUACAAAAAACCUUAACAUCAACUGGAGUGAAUAUCAGUCAUGGGACCUGGUGCAGCAGACUCAGAACUAUCUGAAACUGCUUCUACACAUCAUCAACUCUGAUGAUGAGAACGGUUUACUGGUGCACUGUAUAUCAGGCUGGGACAGGACACCUCUCUUUGUAUCUCUGCUCAGACUUUCUUUGUGGGCGGACGGUGCCAUUCAUGCCAGUCUGGAGCCGUCCGAGAUCCUUUACCUGACUAUAGCAUAUGACUGGUUUCUUUUUGGUCACAUGCUGCCUGAUCGGCUCUCUAAGGGGGAGGAGAUUUUCUUUUUCUGCUUCAAUUUUCUGAAGCAUAUUGUUUGUGACACAUUUUCAGUCAUAAAAAAACAAAGAAGAAAAAAUUCUCAAUUCAAAGAUGCUGACUUCACAGUCGAUGACCUCUGCCAGUUAAAGCCCAGAGAUCGGGGUAGUGUGACAAGUUUGAGUAGUGAUUUCUCUCUCAUCACAGAAGAUACAUCUGCUCCCUCCAGUCUACUUGCAGAAGCUACAGACCUGAUUACCACUGGACCACAGGCUUCUAAUGGGAGGAAAGGCAUGCCAUUGUCUUCUCAUUCUGGGCAUUGGAACCGACCGGUCACUUCAGAGGAGCGAACACCUAAUGUAAUGACUGAGGCCAGUCCUCUGGGGUCCUUUAAGUCCUCAAGCUCUUCCUCAUCCAACCACUCAGAUCAAAAUGUUACACGGACAGGAAGCACCCCGUUAGCUGUACCAGGAAGGAGGCCAGUGGUGGAAUAUGCUCGGUCGGGCUCCUCGCUGUCCACAGAUUACGGCAGUUGGCAGAUUGUGUCAGGAUGUGGGAGCAUCCAUGAUCUUCCCCCAGUGCCCUCAGAGUCUCCUCUUCCAUUCAGCUUCCAGGAUGAGGGUCCCAGCGGACGAAUGUGUACAUUUGUACCUGAAAGGCAAGUGAGGUUGGAGGCAGUGAGGGAGCUGUUCCUUGCAGCUUACAGCUCUACAGUAGGACUCAAGUCAUCGGCUCCAAGCCCUUCUGGUGCCAUCUCAGGCCUGCUGGAGCAGUUUGCCCGUGGGGUCGGCCUUCGUGGCACUAAUGCCAUUAUCUGAGCCUUGUUGUGCCCAUAUAUUUCACUCAACUUACACACCCUCAGGACUUUUCAUGUUAUCUUUUUUUUUCUCCUCCGCAUCUUGAUGUUGCACCAUAUCUACUACAUCAGGAGUACCUAAUUUAUUGGUGAAACUUUACAGUGUAUUCUUUCAUCCCCUCUUCCAUCUCUUAGCCUCCAGCAGCUCCUCUCUUCUCACCCUUAUUCUCUGCUCUCACUUAUUCCAGUUCAAUCCUCUAACUGCAGAAAGGAAAAGUGCCAAAUCUAAAUACAGGGGGUACAUUAAACUGACUGUUUUUUCUUUUACUUUUUGUUCUCUACAGACCAAAUAAUACAGUAUAUCCAUUUGUUUUCUAAUUUAGAUUUUAAUUUGAGCUGUUUAUCGUCUUACUUUUUUGUGUGUUGCACAUUUGUACUGUAAUAGGGAAAAACAGAGAGGGGCAGAAAAGGGAAAAUUAUCUCAUCUCAUAAAUGAAAAAUGCUUAAAAUUAUACUUCUUGGGACAAAAAGGUCAUUGUAAUUGAGAAAAAAUGAUUUAUUCUCCCAUUUUAAGUGACUUGUUUUAUUUUAGUUGCUGACUGUCUUAUACACUUAAAAGACAUUUCUCAUGAAAUUCUUGUUAUUGACGGCUUUUUAGACCUUCAGGAUUUGAAACAAGCCUAAAGACAGUCGAUUCUUUAGUGGUAGUUUUAGAAAUGGCAACAGUUUGGGCAGUGGUAAUGUAAGACAAUGUCAAUGUUCUUUUAAUUAACACCUUUUUUGAAUCAUUUAAUGAGUGUGUUAUGAAUUUAAUUCAUUUUUGUUGUCUCUUGAUUGUUUUUUAACUGUAUCAUUCAAGUACGCAACAUUGUAAAGAUUAAUUUAAUCAGAGCUAAUCUAUACAGAGCAGCAGUUCAUGUCCUGCACUUACUUUUUCUUAAGUCGUUAUUGUUAUUAGACAAAACUUUUUUUUUUCUUGUGAAUGAUUUGGGGUAAAUGCCUCAAAAUAUCUGAUUUGCCUUGGCAGUAGAUAUUGAUGAAUGGCUAUAAGAUUGCACUUGAAUACAAGGAUUGAAAACAUGGAAUUUGUAGUAUUUUGGGCAUAAAACCAUGGUGGCCUCUAUACCUCAGGGCCUUUUACUGUGCCUUUUGUUCUUAUGGAGAUACAAUUCUGUUUUCAUGCACCGCUGUAUUAUCUUGCUUUUAGAUUUAAAACCAUGCCUUGAUAUGUAUCCGUUUCUCUUUUUGUUAGUUUAUGACAGAAACAACAUCCUUUUGUACUGUAGCAGCUUCUGGUGUUGGGCAAAAUUCAGGCUUAAAUUGUUGCAGACUAUA